AUGGUAAAACUUACUUUAACUACUAUUGUUUUCGCUACGUUAUUUACGCUCGGUUUAGGGGCAGAAGAUAAAGUAUGUGAAAAGAGCAUCAAGGUGAAUACACAAUCUGAUUUAGACGCUAUCAAAUCUUGCAAAAUUUUUAAGGGCGCCAUUAACAUUGAUCAACUGGCUGUUGCUAAUCUCCGAUUAGACGGUGUUCAACAAAUUAUCGGUGACUUGAUUUUAACUGGAAAUGCUGAUCUCCUCUCCUUCAGUGCUCCUGAUUUGCAAAAAGUAGAUGGACAUAUUAAAGUGGAAAAUCACACAAUCCUGAGUAAAGCAGAAUUUCCCAAGCUUACUGAGGCUAAAUCAUUUUCAAUGGCUGUUUUACCUGCUUUGGAAGUAAUUCAUUUCCCUUCUGGUCUUUCUAAGAUUGUUAGUAUGCGUAUUGAAGAUACACGUGCUCCUAGAGUAGAGGGUUUCAAACCUGAGACGCUUGAUACAUUCAUUCUGACGAAUAAUGUUUACUUGAAAUCAUUCGAUUUUAAUUCUGUUAAGGAAGUUAAAGGUGAUAUUUUGGUUUUAGGUAACAAUCGUGCUAUGACAUUCGAGGCUAAUCAAUUGAAAACUAUCAAUACAGCAACUUUCCUCAAUUUGGCUGCUAUCAGUCUUCCUGCAUUAAGCACUAUUAAAUCUGAUAUCUCAUUCCAUGAAAAUGAUUUCAUGACACUCAAUUUGGAUAGUGUUGAAACUAUUGGUGGCACUGUUACGAUUGCAAAUAAUAAUAAACUAGGAGAGACAUCCUUCAAAAACUUAACUCGUAUUAAUGGUGCUUUAUCAGUUGGUAACAAUACGCAAUUAACCUCUAUCGAUGGCUUUCCUUUAUUAUCUGAGGUUUAUGGUACAAUUGAUUUAGCAGGCUCUUUCAAUAAAUAUGAUUUACCUAGUUUACAAGAUGUACGUGGUGGUAUGCGUCUUCAAUCAACUUCCUCACAACUUGGUUGCCCUGAAAUCGAGCGAAAACUUAAGGGAGACAAUAUUGUUAAAGGAAGUAAAUGGAGUUGUACAUCUGAUAUGAAAGAAGCUAAUAUGAUCCCUACAGUUGGUCAAAAGCCUUCUUCAAAAUCUGGUAACGACGGAGGAAAUACCCAAUCUGACGCUAAUCCAUUAAUUAAUAAUCAACGUACUUUGUGGUUGGCUUGUAUAUUUGGAUUAAUCUAUUAUUUAGGUUAGAUAUGUUUUUUUUUUCUUUUUUUUUUCUUUUUGAGUACAGCAAACAAUGACAGAAUUUGAUCAUAAUAAUUGUUAUAAAGCGCAACAUUCUUUUACAUUAAUAUAUCUUUUUUUUAAUAAAGAUGCACUACCAUUUUAUUUUAUCAAUAAGGAAGUGGAAGUUACUAGGAUGAAAAUACGAGUGUUUAGAUGAUUACAUAAACAGUCGAGUGUCUAAUAAUCAACUUAAUCAAUUUAUAUAUUGUAUUUUCAGUAAAUUUGAGAGUGAUAUAAGAGUAUAGCAAGGU